AUGUCUGCUGAUAACGAAGAUGACCCUUUCAAGUCAAUUACUUUCGGGAAGUCCUUAUCGUUGAGGGUUGACGGCGGCUUCAAUGCUGUAUCUAUCAGUCCCUCCGGAAGGGACGUCGUCUUAGCCAGUAGACAGGGCCUCUACGUGGUUGACUUGGACGACCCGUUUUCUGCGCCACGCUGGCUUCAUCAUAUUACCCCUUGGGAAGUGGCAGACGUUCAGUGGUCACCCCAUCCAUCCAAGCCAUCUUGGGUUGUCUCCACCUCUAAUCAAAAAGCGCUAGUGUGGAACCUUUCACGAAGUUCAUCAAACGCUGUAGAGCAUGUAUUGCACGGGCAUUCAAGAGCAAUAACGGACAUCAAUUUCCACCCGACUAAUCCCGAGAUUCUGGCAACUUGUUCAAUAGACGCAUAUGUUCAUGCAUGGGACAUGCGCUCCUCACGAAGGGCGUUUUACAGCGCAAGCGUUUGGUCCGCAGGGGCCGCACAGGUAAAAUGGAACUUCAAGAACCCUAAUGUUAUGGCUUCGGCCCAUUCCAAUGAUAUUUUUAUCUGGGACUUAAGAAAAGGUUGCAUGCCGCUACACAUUCUCAAGGGCCAUGCAAAUAGCGUCAACAGCAUCGACUUUAGCCGCUUUAAUGAAACUGAGAUUAUGUCCAGCUCGAACGAUGGUACAGUCAAGUUUUGGGAUUACUCAGUGAACGAUAAAGAACCUUUGCGAACGGUUGUCACAGAUUUCCCGGUUUCGAAGGGACGAUAUCUGCCGUUUGGUAGAGGCUUCUGUGUGAUGCCUAUGACAGGUGGAAAUAAUUCCGUUUAUUUAUCAAGCAGCACUACAUCGAAUGAUUCAGGGCCCAUAUCGAAGUUUCAGCCAAUCUAUGUUUUCAAAGGCCACGCAGAUCGCGUCUCUGAUUUUCUUUGGAGGCAGAGACACAGUCAUGACACGCUUAUUGACGACCGCGAGUUUCAGCUCGUUACGUGGUCGAAAGAUUGCGACUUGAGACUGUGGCCUGUUAAUGAAUCUACAUACGAGAAAGUUGGAUAUGAGAGAUUGCGAGCCCUUGAAAAACCUCUUCCUGACCACGAGUAUUGUUCUUUCAGGAAGGAACCCGAGGCGGCAAAACUUUCAACGGCUCCUACAGCAAGAUGGAAAGAAAAUUUUGUGACAAAGACAGGAACUGAGGCCUCAAACGGAAGCAAUAACAUCAAUCACUUGGCGUGGGUUUCCGGUGUGAGGUUGCAUCACGCAAAUUCACCCCAUGAUCUUUUUGAAGAGGAUAAACUUCAGAAUUUGGGUGAGGAAGUUAGCAUGAUAGGCCACAAGUUUCCUAAAAUCGUAUUCGAAAAGAUUUCUGUCUCCACAGGAAUUUUGGUUCUAACUUUGAAUGGGCCGUGGUCUGAAGAAAACCCUGAUGACUACAUAUUCCUAAGACUUGAAGUCAAGUUCCCAAGUGGAUACCCACAAAAAAAGCAUGUUCCACGCUUCAAGAUCGAGGAAAAUAGAGAACUCAGUGAAAAAAAGCAUCAAGAAAUUGUGGAUCAGCUAGGCGAAAUAGCUCGAAGGUACACCGAUUUGGGUAAAUAUUGUUUGGAACCUUGCUUGCGCUUUCUGUUGGGCGAAAAAAUUAAUCUGGAUGGCCUUCAGGAAGAAGAGCAACUGCUCAAUCUUGAUCUUGUUGACCAUGUUGAACUAGAUGAGUUCUCCUCCUUGGCAAGCUCCGACGCAAGAUCUCGCGCAUUGUCUGACAUUUCAAACACCUCGGAGGAUGACUUCGAUGAUAUCGAUAACAAGAGCAGUGCCGAUGGGUUUGUCACGCGAUCGACUCAUGACUUAAGACUCGAUACUACGCCAAUUCCUAAGGGAUGUGGGGCAGUAUGGACAGCUGCUGGCCAACUUGUCUGCUUUUUUAUGGUAGAGAACAAAGUCGACAAAAAACAAAGUUUUUUUAAACUCGGUCAACGUAGCUUUGGUGGGCUCAAGGAUGCACACAAGCCAGAACUCCUCUUUGAGGAACAAGAUGCUAAUUACGAUCGGCCAAAGCGGUAUGUUGACACACUCUCUGCCUCUUCUCAUCACAAUAGCGAGGGAGUCAACUCUUUAAAUGCGUCAGAUUCCGAUGCCAGUUCAGACAGUUUUGGUGAUGAUUGGAACGAUAUUGUGGGCAAUGACAUUACGUGGAGAACUAAAAUGCCUCUCAUUUCAAACUUCAAAAAAUCACUUGCGUCAAUGGCUUCUGAUGAUAACAAGAGCAGUGCUUCAGUGCAGAAGUCGAAGAACAUAGUUACUGUUCGGGACUUCAGCCAUCUGAUACCGGACAAGAAGCAGUUGGCCAUGGAUUAUAAGUUGUAUGGAGACUCUCUCGAAUCCGUAUGCAAAUACAACGCUCAGGUAGCGGUCACACAUGGAUUUGAAGAAAUAGCGCAUUGCUGGAGAAUGAUAGCAAAUGUUCUUAUGGCUCGGGAGGAAAAAAACCCUUACAACUUCGGAUGGGAUCAGCAUAGUCUAGGAGGGAAAUGGUUCGUUAAGCAAACUAUGAUACACUUUGAGAAAUUGAGGAAUGUUCAAAUGCUAGCAAUAUUGAGCUGUAUUCUUAUGGACCAACCCUUGGGGAAAACAGUAACUGCCCCUACUGGACCCAAAAAAAGAGAGGAAACCAUUAUAACAUUUGAAAGCAAUUGCAUCGAUCAUUCUCAGCGGUCCCGUCACGAAUCUGUAACUUCAUCCAUACGAUCUGAAGACUACUUCAAUGGCGCGCAUGGCGGGAAAACGCUCAAACCCUGGACUCCUGUUCCCGUUUCUAGCCAGGAUAACCUUUCUUCCCAUAAUAUGUUACCAGACAUCAAAAUUGAGAUUGUAAACGACGAAGUUCUCGACCUUUUAACUUCUGAUUCUCCACCUCUUCUCGAUGCUGAAGAUGAAGCAAAGUACCGGUCUUAUAGACACCAGUACGCUGAGCUCCUUUUUUACUGGGGGCUUCUUAUAAACAGAACAGAGCUGUUAAAGUUCAAUUUCGAUGAUGACAACUUCACUUCCAGUAUGUGGCCUCUGCUUAACCAUGCGCCGCAACCCGGCUUUCAGUUAGAUUACAUGGGAAUAUGCUACAAGCUCCUUGAACAAAAGGGGGUUGGUACGUAUUUUUCCAGAAAUUGUAAUUAUUGUGAGUUAAGAGUUGAUGGAAGAGGGUCAGUUUGUGGUAACUGUCAACACAUUUUACAUGCCGAAUGUGCUAAAGUGUGGUGGGAAGUUAGCAAUGAAUGUGCUUCAGGAUGCGGCUGUGCGUGCGUAGAAUUCUUUGAUGUGGUUUAA